UUGAAUAAAGGUAGGGAAGGUUUAUGACAGGUUUGAAUAAAGGUAGGGAAGGUUUAUGACAGGUUUGAAUAAAGGUAGAGAAGGUUUAUGACAGGUUUGAAUGAAGGUAGGGAAGGUUUAUGACAGGUUUGAAUGAAGGUAGGGAAGGUUUAUGACAGGUUUGAAUGAAGGUAGGGAAGGUUUAUGACAGGUUUGAAUGAAGAUAGGGAAGGUUAAUGACAGGUUUGAAUGAAGGUAGGGAAGGUUUAUGACACUACAAUGGUGCGACAAGAGUUUUGCGAUCUUCAUGAAGCCUUUCAGUUUUUUCGUUUAAAAAAUCGAGAAAUCUAUGGAGAUUCUUGCCCCCGUCCAUCUCUGGAGAAUAUUGCCCGGAAAUGGCGAGACAAAUCUCAACGAGGAGGAUUAGAGAACCCUGAUGUUCGUGAAAACCUAUUCUCAGCUUGGAUGGACGCAUGGGUAGAGAAUAGCAAGGAGGAGUGGGGUGAUUCUAUGUCAAUUCAUAGGAGCCCAAGGAGGAUUGAUAUUUCGAUUUAAUAUUUUUUUUUUCAAAAUACAAAGGAACUGAUAACUCUCUAUAAACUCUAAUUUUAUGCUUCCUA